AUGACGACGCCUGCCAUUCGGAUCCCCUUCACGGGACCAUUGCCGCCUGCUGUAAUAAUCCCUCGAACGGCAACAACUCUUGCAGGGGCAGUUGAGGCUAUCAAGACUUUCUUGACUACGCCACCGUCCUUAAAUCUCCGCGGGGUCGAUGUGGGGAGAUAUUCCCAGACGGUACUACUGACUGGCGCAGGUAUCUCCGUCGCGUCUGGUCUGUCAGAUUAUCGAGGCGACCAGGGUACCUACCGGCUAAACAAAUCCUAUCGUCCGAUUUACUACCACGAGUUCAUCUCCCACCAUGAGUCGCGCCAGCGGUAUUGGGCGCGCAGCUUCGUCGGAUGGCCCGGGCUUGUGAAAGCAAAGCCGAACUCGACACACUGGGCGGUUAAAGGUCUUGGUGAGAAAGGAUACAUCAGUUCCGUUGUGACGCAAAACGUCGACUCGUUUCAUUCCCUCGCGCAUCCGGAACUGUCUACCCUCGAACUACACGGAUACUUGCGAUCGGUCGUCUGCACUAGCUGUCGAAACCAACUUCCCCGCGCUGACUUUCAAGCGUCGCUGGAGAAACUCAAUCCAGCUUGGGCGGAAUUUUUGGUUCGUAUAGUUGCAGAGGGUGCGCUCGAUACCGAUAAUCCGGAGGAGCAACGGCGGAAAGGCUUGAAGCUCAACCCGGAUGGUGACGUUGAUCUUGCUGAAGCGCCAUAUUCUACUUUCCGUUAUCCUUCAUGUCCGACCUGCUUGGAAAACCCUCCAACGCUGAGCGAUGGCACGAAGGCGAUUGUAGAGGUAGAGAGUGACGGUGCAUUAUCGCCGGCUUCAAACGCUGGCAUUUUGAAACCAGCAGUCAUCAUGUUUGGUGAGAAUAUCGACCCACUGGUGAAGACAGCGGCUGAAGAGGCGAUCGAUGAUGCUGGGCGGCUACUCAUCUUAGGCACCAGCCUAGCGACUUUCUCAGCGUGGCGCCUAGUGGAACGAGCACACAAACGAGGCAUGCCUAUUGGUAUUGUCAAUGUUGGUGGCGUGAGGAACGAAGCCCUGCUUUUUGGAAAUGUUGGACAUGAAGGCACUGCUCAUGUCCGGUGCAGCCAUCCAUCCCAGUCAAUCCUUCCGACCGUUGUAUCCCAACUUCCAGUCAAUGCAUAG